UUUACAGGACUAAACACAUGCGUGGCAACAACUAAACAAAGGGACCGAUGGCUUCAAGCGACAGCAAAGAGGCAUCGCUGAAAACUGCAGCGUGUGGGGAUGCAAGAUCCUGCGAGAGAUGGCACCUGACCUUCGGAGGGGCUAUUGCUGUAGCAGCAACGUCUCUGCUCACCGUGUUCAUCUUGGCCUUCGUUUUAUUUGCCAUGUGGGGAGCGGCUCCAGGGGAAGACCCAACCUUUCGACAAAAACAGCUGGAAAACCUGCAGCAGUGCCAAAGAAUGCACCAUGAACUGAAAACGAUGCUGCACUCUGCCACUCAGGCGGUUCUGUUUGUUUCUCUGCCGUCUGGAGACUCCCGGUGCCGUUUGUGUCCUGAGGGCUGGCUGUGGUGGAGGAGCCACUGCUACUUUUUCUCGGUCGGACUCCGAGAAAACCUUCGUUGGAAGGAGAGCGCCACGUUCUGCCAGCAGCUCAACAGCAGCCUGGUUGUGAUCAGAGACUCUGCAGAGAUGGCUUUCCUCCAAGGAGUUAUGAGUAAGGCCACCAAAUAUCCUUUCCUGUGGGUGGGACUGACGGACAGCCAGCAGGAGGGAGUCUGGCAGUGGCUGAGUGAGAGAGAAGGCCAGCACCACUCACCGAUGGCUGUGCAGUGGAACAGUGAAGACAGGGACUGUGCAGACCUGAGGGGAGGUGGGACUCUGUUUGCCGCGGACUGUGAAGAGUACGGACCCUGGGCCUGCAAGACGGAGUCCUGACCAGCCUCCACCACCC